AUGGUUAAUGAUACGAGGGACGGAAUUUUGCAGAAACAGAAGAUAACUUUCUUCAAUGUAGCAGUACUUGUUGCCCUGGGUCUGGGCUCGAUCGGUCAGGGAUACUCCGCGGCAAUUAUUGGAACAACGCUUGGUCAACCUUCCUUCAUUGAAUACUUUGCACUGGACACGCGUGAAGAUGCGACCGACCUCAUAUCGACCAUGAACGGGAUCUUCCAAGCUGGAGGCGUACUCGGAACGAUAUCACUUCCAUGGGUCGCAGACAGGUUCGGCAGGAAAUGGGGAUGUGCUGUGCCCGCAAUCUUGAUCCUCAUUUCUGGCGCCAUUCUAGCUGGGUCGGUCAACGUGGGCAUGUUCAUCGCCUUCCGUUUCUUUUCAGGCGCCGGCUGUUGGUCCACUCUUGCCGCUGUCAGCAUAAUGAUGAACGAGAUCACCCCUGUCCAUAUCCGAGGAGCAAUGGUCGACAUCAACGCGGUGAUGUAUGUAUUGGGCUAUGUUUUCGCAUGCUGGGUGGGCUUUGGCUGUUACUUCUGGACGACGGGCGGUUCCAACACCUGGAGACCCCCAAUCGCUAUCCAAUGUUUCUGGCCUCUUUGCCUCCUUACGGCUCUCCCUUUCCUCCCUGAAAGUCCGAGAUGGCUGUGCAUGAUGGGACGCGAUGCGGAUGCAGAACGGAUACUCUUGAGAUUGCAUGCCGACCCUAAGGACCCGAGCAAUACGGUUGCCAAAGCAGAGUACUAUCAGAUCAGGAAACAGCUUGAGAUUGAUAGAACUCUGGGCCAAUCGUGGACUUACAUCGCCAAGAAGCCUUCCUACCGGAGACGUGCGCUUCUGGCGCUACUUACCACGGCUAUCACACAAGCCUCAGGUGCACUAGUCAUCAAUAAUUAUGGACCCUCGCUGUACCGAAAUCUCGGAUACAGCACCGUGAAACAGCUUGUUUUGCCUGCCGCGUGGAUCACAUGUGCGCUAGGUCUUAACAUAUUGGCCAUGGUACUCGUGGAUCGCUUUUCACGUCCCAAGUACAUGGCAUUUGGUCUGUUUGGGUGUGCCGCAUGUCUUUCUGUCGAGUGUGCCCUCGUGGCUAGGUUCGUGCCCUCGGACAAUGAGUCCGCUUUGGAGGCAGCUGUGUCUAUGCUGUUUGUCUUUAUAUUCUUUUACGAGCUGUUCGUCAACGGGACGCAGUGGACUUAUCUGGGUGAGAUAUUUCCCACCCAUAUUCGAGCGAAAGGUGUCUGUCUCGGCGUCGCCAACGUUGCUCUGAUGAACCUGAUCUGGCUCCAGAGUGCGCCGGUGGCUUUUGCGAAUGUUGGCUGGCGAUUCUACCUGGCCUUCAUCGUCCCUUGUCUCCUGGGGGCCGCUGUCAUGUGGAUAUGGUUCCCGGACACCAAGGGGCUUCCACUUGAGGAAGUGGCCACUAUAUUCGGGGACAGUGAUGAGGUUGCAGUUUAUCAGAGAGAUCUCGAAGUCGAGUUCAACACGGAGGCUAUCACGUACUAUCAUGCUGGCGGGGAUCACAAAGCAACCGAAUAG